GCCAGCUCUACCUGUGACACCCGGCCGCGGCCCCGGCCCCGCCCCUCCCUGCUCCUGGCAGCGGGCAGGAGGCGGUCCCGCCGCGCCGGUUAUUUGCGCCCCCGCGCCGUGGUCCCUGCGUUCUUUCUCCCCGCAGCCUUCUCUCCCGCCAUGCCGAACAUCGUGCUGUUCAGCGGCAGCUCCCACCGCGACCUGUCCCAGCGGGUAGCGGACCGGCUCGGGCUGGAGCUGGGCAAGGUGGUCACCAAGAAAUUCAGCAACCAGGAGACCAGUGUAGAAAUUGGUGAAAGUGUGAGAGGAGAAGAUGUUUAUAUCAUCCAGAGUGGCUGUGGAGAAAUAAAUGACAACUUAAUGGAACUGCUCAUCAUGAUCAAUGCUUGCAAGAUUGCAUCAUCCUCUAGAGUGACUGCUGUAAUUCCAUGUUUUCCAUAUGCCAGGCAAGAUAAGAAAGACAAGAAGGGGUCCGUGGAGCGUUGGAGCCGUGCUCCAAUCUCUGCAAAACUUGUUGCCAACAUGCUGUCAGUUGCAGGGGCUGACCACAUCAUCACCAUGGACUUGCACGCUUCUCAGAUCCAGGGUUUCUUUGACAUUCCAGUAGAUAACCUGUAUGCAGAACCUGCAGUGCUGCAGUGGAUUAAAGAGAAUAUUUUGGAGUGGCGAAACUGUAUCAUAGUCUCACCUGAUGCAGGUGGUGCAAAAAGGGUUACUUCCAUUGCUGACAGACUGAAUGUGGAAUUUGCUCUCAUUCAUAAGGAAAGAAAGAAGGCAAAUGAAGUGGACAGAAUGGUCUUGGUUGGUGAUGUGAAAGACAGAGUAGCGAUUCUUGUCGAUGAUAUGGCUGACACAUGUGGCACAAUAUGUCAUGCAGCAGAGAAGUUAGUAUCUGCUGGAGCUACCAAAGUUUAUGCCAUUCUUACUCAUGGCAUAUUUUCUGGUCCUGCUAUUUCUCGGAUAAAUAAUGCAUCGUUUGAGGCUGUUGUGGUAACUAAUACAAUUCCCCAAGAAGAGAAAAUGAAACACUGCCCAAAAAUUCAGUUUAUUGACAUUUCCAUGAUCCUGGCUGAGGCAAUUCGAAGAACACACAAUGGUGAAUCUGUGUCUUACCUGUUCAGUCAUGUUCCCUUGUAACUGCAGGAGAUAACAUUUCAUCUUUGCAAAGGUCCCUUCAGUUAGCACUGUUGUUUUUAACAGUGCAUCUCAACCACAAGAAAUAAGUAUCUUUGUACAAUUCCAGAGCUUAUAUGUUUAAUUAUUAUAUUCGUCUUGUAAUUACCAUUUGUUCUUUGUAACUGGCCAAUAAAUCUCCAUCUUGCAGAAACUUUAUGAAUUCCCUUGAGUCUGGAAGUCUUAUGUGUUAUGUAAGUUCUCUUAUGUGCCCAUCCUCACUUCCUGCUAAACUGCUGCUUUGGAUCUGUUUUUCUCUACAGAACUACGAACUGUCCAUAGCACUUAAUGGGAUGUAUGUAUGUAAGACCAUUUUCUGUGUUAAGCUAAAUGCUGUAGCCUUGGAUAUCUUGUUUCUAUUCACCUGUCAGCAAGCAUAUGUUGUUUUUUUGUUUUGUUAUGCUUAACUAUCAUGAAUAGUAUUUUGUAAGCCCUAACAGAAUGUAAAUUUCAUGUCAAUUUUAAAGAACUGUUGACACAUCCAUGGUAUUAACUGUGUUUCAUACACUUCAUGUUCUUUUUUUCCACAAGAUGUAUGUGACUGCUGCUUCCUUUUGUAAAGCUCUCAUUACAUUAAAUAAUUUGCUUAACAUCUAUUUGGUGCAGUUACUGUCUUCAGUUGUAAGAUUAAUGUUUCAGUAUUCCUGGGAUGAUUCAUUUCAUGUGUUUCAAUAAUAAGGACUAAUCUGUAAUCAUGAGCAGUUUGGUUUACAUUUUAUUUUUUCUCCAUAGUUUUUGACAUUUCCUGAUUGCAUUCAUGUGAAUCAUUUCAUAGCAGUUUUCCUGUUAAUAUUGUAGAGCUUCACCAUGCAAAGUGCAAACAGCAAAUUUAAACACAUUUAAAUAUAUACAAGCUGGUCUCUUCCCAAAUUUACAUGAUUAAAAGGUAUCUGAAAAUACUUUUUGUGGGAGUUGUUGUUGUUUGUUUUUGUUAUUGUUUUGGUUUGGUUUUAAUUAUUAUUAUUAUUUUCAAACUGCACAGUCAAUAGAGCUCCAGAUUUCUGUUACGAAGUACCACAGUACUUUACUGUGUAGUCAGUGAACUAUGGUAGACUAACUAGUCUAAAAUACUCUAACAUUAGAGAAUUAAAAUCAUUGUGAAAACAGUUUUGCCUCUCAUACACUGAGAAAGCUUAUGGUUAAGUACUGGUAAUACAGUCAGUAAUGGUUUCUGGGGGAAAAGAACAAAUCUAAUAUUGUAAUUUUAGGUCUUUGAAUCGUUCUAUGGAGUGUUUUCAGUCUUUCUGCUAGAAGACUUUGUGUGUAUUAAGAUAGUGUUCUUGCACCUAGAUCAUGAGAACUUGUUUUCCCACCUGAAACUGCAGUUGUUAAUUACAAAAGCAUUUGCCAUGCUUGAGAGAUACUUCUGUACGGUGGAGCUGCAUUUAAAAAUACCGUUAUUUCAUCCUACGUUGCUUAUGCUAGUAUAUAUUUAUAAUGAUGUUAUACUAUAAAACGCAUUUUCCCAUUCUAUAUAAGACAGUUUCCAGGCAGACUGUUCUUUUGGUUUCUCUGAAAAUGAAUUUUUUGUCUGUAUAAUUUUUUUCCAGUAAUUUUCUAUUUCUUCUGUGGGUUUUGUUUUCCUAUAUGAAAAUGAGUAAAACUAUUUCACCUGUACUGCUUUCCAUGAUGAGUACAGAAAAUGGGGUAUAUAAGAUAAAUAAGAAUUCAGUUUAACCACUAGUUCUCAGAAUUCCACCUUACAGCUGAAUCCUCAAAAAUACUUUAUAACCAAAUGGAAAUUAAUUUACAUUAUUGUUCUACUUGGUAAAGCAAUUUUUUAAAAGUUUUUUAAAAGUAUUUUCUUGAAAAUAUUACUUUGUAGUUAAGUUGUUAACCGCAAGUCAGUGGCCACAUAAUUAUACCAAAGCUUAGACCUUAUUAGUACACAAAAGGUACACAGUACUUUUAAUGCACAGUAUCAGUUCGGUUGUUUUAUAGAUCAGAUCUUUGUUACAAACAAAAUGCCAAAUAAUUUUCCUGUACUGUGUGCAAGUGUUGUAAAUAUAUCUUGGAAAUUACUUAUGCCAA